GCCUGCCAGCGAUGCAGCUGCAAUGGCUUUUAUACAAAUUGCUACAACUUCAGCUGAUACUGACAUUUAUUGCACCAAUCACAACGGAAAGUUACUAUUCGGUUGUGGCACCCGGUACAAUAAAAUCAAAUCGUAAUUAUUCCGUUUGCUUGACACUACAUAAUGCUACCGAAUCGGCUCUUAUGCGUGUUAGCCUUGUCGCGGAGCCGCUUUUCAAUUACGUCCAGAUGGUCGAACUUCAACCGCUGGAAACCAAAACAAUUCAAUUUCUUCCACCAAAAUUGGAUGCCAGCUUUGACUACGAACUUUCCGUUGAGGGUGUAAAAGGUUUGAUUUUUCGCAACUCAACAAAACUGCAAUCGGAAUCGGAUAAUGAUCUGAAAAUUUAUAUACAAACUGAUAAGGCCGUUUAUAAACCGGGUGACGUGGUACACUUCAGAGUCGUGGUAUUGAAUGAACAUCUAAAACCGUUUAAAUCAAUAGAACCCAUACAAGUUGAGGUGAUGGACGGUAACAGCAAUCGCAUUAAACAAUUCAAAGAUAUUAAAUUGAAUACUGGCGUUUAUACCAAUAAAUUCAACGUAUCAGAACAUCCGAUAUUGGGAAAUUGGUUAAUUCGCGCUUCCGUCUUGGGAAAAUAUCAAAAACAGUCUGUCAAAAAUUUCAAAGUGGAAAAAUAUGUUCUGCCCAAAUUCGGUGUAUACAUUGAAGCCGACUCUGAUAUCGUACUCGCUGACAAUGAUGAAUUUAGCCUGGCUGUUUAUGGUAAAUAUACAUUUGGUAAAUAUGUUGAGGGCCAUGCAACAAUUGCUCUCCUAAAUCCGGCCACCAAUAAGACAAUGAUUGAACAAAAAGCCAACAUGGAAAAUUACACUGCCUCAUUUAAGUUUAAAUACAGCGAUUUGCCACAAGCUCAGAAUCUUCCGGUGAUUAAGGUUUUGGCCACACUUGAAGAGAGCCACACGGCCAUCUCCCAAUCUGUGUUGAAAAUUUUCAAUUUUCGAAAGCAAAAAUAUGAGAUUUUGAUACCGCAAGAUGAAAUUGAAUUUUCCUACGGUAGGCCAUAUAAAAUCAAGGUCAUUGUUCAACAUUGGAAUGGAAGUAGGGUGCAUGAUACCACCACUCCGUUGACAAUGAGUCUUGGCGAAAUAAUAUAUGAAACGUAUUUGAAUGGCAAAGGUGAGGGAACAUUUACCAUCGACCAUAUGGAAGAAGAAUCCUUUGUUUUUCAAUAUGCCAACAGUUCUCAAUAUCUACCAAACAUUGUCAUUGGCCAUAAUGGAGGAAUUAAUGAUGCCACAACAGCUUGCACACUAAAACUGAAGAAUUCCAGUUUGAAAUUUGAUACCACCAUUGAUCUGGAGUUGAAGUCCGAUUUACCUAUACCAUAUUUGAUCUACACCGUCACUGGCCAUGGCGAUAUUGUUCGCAGGCAAUUGAUUAAAUUACCCGACAACACAACAUCGCACACCAUCAAAAUCAAACCAAGUAUGGAGAUGAUUCCACUUUCUUUUGUCUACGUUCAUUACAUUGUGAAGGGCCAAUUGCGUUAUUGUGAACAAUAUUUGAAAUUUCCCAAUGAAUUCGAGAAUAAGAUAUCAAUAUCCGCUCCACCAGCGGCCAAACCUGGAGAGGAAGUUGAGCUUACUAUAAAGACUAAAACUAAUUCAUAUGUAGCCCUACUGGCAGUCGAUUUAGGUGCCCAACUUUUAGGUCCAGACUAUGAUAUCGACCGCGAACAUAUUUUCCAUGACUUAAUGUUAGAUUUGUCCUAUUCCGUUUGGGAUGUCAUACAGCCUGGAUUCAUUUCCGGCCUUUUAACCCUCACAAAUGCUGCUUAUGAGUAUGAGAUUCCUGUUGAUGUGUCAAGAAAGCAAGGACUUAUGCCAAAGACAGGUGUGAGUUUCGAACGUGACAUAGAAGUGCGUACACAUUUUCCAGAAACAUGGAUAUUUAUGGAUCUUCAAAACGUGAAUGAAACUACGCAACUCACCCUUAACGUUCCCGACACCAUUACCACAUGGUUAAUUACGGCAUUUUCCGUAAAUGACGACAUUGUAUUCGGCAUGGUAGCAAAAUCGACAGAUAUUAUUGUUUUCAAGAAAUUUUUCAUAUCCACAAGUCUACCGUACUCCAUCAAGAGAGGUGAAGUGGUCAAGAUAUCGAUGGUCAUAUUUAAUUAUCACAACGAAGUUUUAGACACCCUCACAACUAUGAUCAGUUCUGAUGGAGACUAUGAUUUUAUUGAUGAGUCAACAAUGCAACCACAGGGCAUAUCCGAGAAUUCGAAACAAACUAAUGUGCCAGCAAAUGGUGGUACAACUCUGUACUUCUUUAUUAAACCCAAAAAGCUGGGUGCCCUAAAAAUUCACAUCAAAGCAACUAAUCAUUUAUUUAACGAUGCCAUUACUCAAGAACUCUUAGUGGAACCCACGGGUACAAUGGAAAACCACAAUAAGAACGUACUUAUAAAUCUAAUGGAGAUUGAAGAAAUAUUUCUUUCAUCCAUCGAUAUUGACAUACCUGAGAAUAUAGUUCCCGAUACCGAAUAUCUGCAACUUUCUGUGGCAAGUGAUAUUCUCCACACGCCAUUGGAUAAUCUGGAGAGCUUGGUGAUAUUACCCACCGGUUGUGGUGAGCAAAAAAUGGUUCAAUUUGCUCCCAAUGUUUUGGUUUUGGAUCACUUGCGAUCCACAGGCAAAUAUUCGGAAAAUCCCGAUCUGGUGAAAAAAGCCAUUGGCUACAUCGAAAUUGGUUAUCAGGAGGAAUUGAGUUAUCGUCAUUCGAACGGUGGCUUCAGUGUUUUUGGACCGACUGCCCAAACGGAGGAGAGCACGUGGCUAACGGCCUAUAUUAUACGCUUCUUUAUUAAGGCACAACGUUAUACCGGCAUAGAAAAUCGUAUAAUCAGAAGUGGUUUGGAUUUUCUGAAAUCACAGCAGUUGUCGUCGGGGGAAUUCCAUUACACCGGCUAUUUAUUUAAUCCAGCCCAUCAGGAUCGUUACGGUUUUACUGCCUUUGUUUUGAUGACAUUUUUGGAGAGUUCGGAAUUUAGAAGAAAAUAUAAAACUGUCAUACAAAACGGAGUCAAUUAUUUGGUGGACAAUAUCAACAACAUCAAUGACAGCUACGCCAUAGCUUUAGUGGCAGUAGCAUUACAAAUGUCCAAGAAUGAACAUGCCAACGAAGUGUUGACAAAACUCGAACAAAAAUCACAUACCGAAGAUGGUUUAAAGUGGUGGCAGUCCUCGAAUCCAGCCCAUUCCAAUGAUGUUGAAAUAACGGCAUAUGCUCUGAUGGCUCUAUUGGAAAGGAAUUCAAUGGAUAAUGUAAACAUAUUUCAAUGGAUUUUGCAGCAGCGCAAUAAAGUUGGAGGUUUCAGAUCCACCCACGAUACAGUGGUUGCUUUGCAGGCACUCAUUCGAUAAAAUGAAAAAUAUCCCAGUACCAAUGAAACUCUGCUUAAAAUCAACUAUGAGGCAGUGGACGCCCAGAGGUUGAAGAUUGCCAACGGCAUGUUUGGUAUCGAUCCGAGCAAUAGCGAAAUAUGGCAACAAGUUGUGCUUCCAAAAGCAACGCGUUUGCUUGAACUAACAAUUGAGGGCAAAGGAAAUGCUCUACUCCAGUUAGCCUAUCAUUAUUACAUUCCAUUGGAGACGGAAUUGAAAAAUAUCGAAUCAUAUGAUAUCAAAGAAAAUAACACACCACCGGACAGGCCCCUCAGCAUAGCGGACCGAAUCGCAUUACCACAACAACUGAAAUCAUUUUCCAUUUCGCCAUUGGCUAAAAUGUCUUCUGUCACUGCCAUGGAACUGGAGGUUUGCUUUCAAUUUAAUCCGUCCGACAAACUAAAAUAUCGUCAAAGUAAUAUGGUGAUUAUGGAAAUUAAUAUGCCUUCUGGAUUUAUUGCGUCACCAGAAUCCGUUGAAGACUUACAAAGUCUAGAAUUUGUAGCUCGUGUUGAAUUGGAAAAUUCGGACACCAAAUGCUUGGCAUAUUUCAAACAUUUAUUGGCCGAUGAUAAUGAGGAAAAAUGUCUCACUAUAAGAGCUGUCAAGACGCAUGAGGUACUACUGCUACAACCGGCAUCUAUAACAAUGUAUGAUUAUUAUAUUCCGGAGUAUAGAGAUACCGUGGCAUAUCAGAUACAAUCGUAGAAAUUUUAAAAUUGUGAAAUAAAUUGUUGGAUAUAUAUUUUCUUAAUAAAGCUUAGGAAACAAUCUACUCAAAAAAAAAAAAAAACAAAA